AUGAGCAAUGGCAGUUUGUAUCUUGAUGCCUCGUCAAUAUCACCGGGGAACGCCCCUCUUACACGAUCGCUGACUUCAUCCAUACACGAAAGAACGGUCAUACAGUCACCCGUUCUCCGCCGCAAAAGCGCGCGCGAAAAACUACACGAGAAGCUUCCCCGAAAAACCGAUUUUGACCCCCUGAGCCGUAAUCCAUGGGCUCGGGCCCUCGCAAGCCCGGUUCGCAUGUGCUCAGCUACCCAUGCGCGAUUACCCAAAGAGCUUCUCAGCUGCUUUGGGCUAGUCGAGCAUCCACAGUCAGAGGAACCGUGGAUGAUGCCCAUAGACUUCCUGAGAGACGAGAUGAAUAGCAUGGCGCUGAAGGUAGACCAGACGACAGAGGUAGAGAAGCAAAGUAUAGAAGAAGUAAACAUUGAGGGGAAUGAAACUACGGUCAACCAGGUGCCGGACGAUGGCACACCGGCCGAUGAUCCAGUUCAGCUGAAAAAGAAAACCUCCCGCUUCUUAAAGAUCCGUCUUGCUAAUAAUACUGUGCUCUUAUCUAAAUUAUCCAAGGGCAAAAACGUGCAUGUCACCCGCUCCCUACUCCCGCAUCGAUGGAAGAGCCCUCGUGGCCCCCUCACAAAUAAGGACCAUGAAAAAGUUGUCUGGCGAGAAGAUUUGCCAGAGUUUGUUUUGACACAUUUGAGAAAAAGUGUCAUACGAGCAAUAAAAAAUUGUUGCAAUAUUGGGAGGGAUCAUCGAUGGAGCCCUUUGGAUCUUGACCCAAAAUUUACGCUGGCGGAUGGGCUUACUAACGCCUUGGAGAAAUUGGGAGAGCUGAAGAACAUGAAAUGUAGUGCUGUUUUACUUCUCCAAGCUUCGCCAGAGAAUGGUAACGAAGAUGCGUCGCCCGUACAGGAACUUAUCGACCUCCCACUUCAUGAAACACAAAUCCCUCUUUUUAACCUCCCGAGGCUAUUUUCGAGAGAUAAUCUGCUGGAAUUGCGCGAACAUCACGAUCUUUUUUCCAGAGAUGCUGUGUUGCUUCGACCGUCAGGCAAUUCGACGGUGCAGACCAUUCUAGGCCUAUGGAAAUUACAAUCGUAUUUGACUGUGGGAGCUAGCUGA